AUGAUUUGUUGGGGUGAUAACAAGAAUUGCGGCAUCUUUGUGCCCGAUGUCCUUGACCGUAAAAAUUGUAAUUGUGAGCGUGAAAUGUGCAUCUCAGACUUACCCCUGGAAGACCGCCGACCUGUGGCUGAAGUCGAUCUGGAGGAGGUUCAAGACAACAUGUACAUGCGAAGCGAAGAGUUCCUAAAGGAGUUGGCUAAUAUGAUAAAAGUCAAAUCGAUAUCCGGUGAUGCACAAUAUGACAAGCAGAAUAAGCAUAUAAUUGAUCGCUUGGCUCAAUACCUAAAGCAACUUGAUUUUGACGUCGAUGUGGCUGAAUAUAAGCCCAAGGAUAAUGAAGAGAAUUUACCCAAACAAUAUGUACUAUUUGCCAACUACUUUUCAACACCAAUCAAGAAUGUGGUCCUGUUAUACGGUUAUGUCGAUGUGCCAGCCAUUGAGGAGCUAGAGAAAUGGAAACGUGAUCCCUUUAAGUUAACCGAGGAGAAUGACAUGCUCUAUGGCCAGGGAUUGGCUACCUCAAAGGGCCCCAUAUUGGCAUGGAUUCAAGCCAUCGAUUCGUGGCUAACCAAUACCACGGAUAUUCCAGUAAAUGUGCGUCUGGUGAUCGAAGUUAAUCAUUAUCAAAAUAGUCGUGGCUUGCGGCAAUUGAUAGAGGAACGUCAAGAGUUUUUUCGAUCAGUGGAUUUAAUUCUUUACUGCACCAACUAUUGGAUAGCCGAAAAAGUGCCCAUGCUCAUCAGUAGUUACAGUGGCUAUGUGUAUUUCAGGUUGAAUGUCUAUGCCAAAGAUACAGAUACAUUAAGUGCGACAUCUUCAGCAUUUCCAUCUGAUCCAAUGUCUGAGAUGUGUCAACUUCUAAACACUUUGAUGGAUCCCAAGAGGGGUAGUUUAGUGAAAGAUUUGCAAAGACAUGUCACACCUGUGACGCAAAACGAUUGGAAUGUCUUGUGUAAAAUGGAAUCAGGUCCCAUGGAGUUGAGAGAAGCCCAGGAUAUUAAACGUCUACCCCAUGAGGAAUCACGUCCAGAAUUUCUCAAACAUCGCUGGUGCAUGCCAAGCAUCUCAAUACACAAAGUGAAGACCUUUCAUUCCGAUAGUUUGCGCACCUUGCGCACUCCCCGUCACUGUAUGGCCGAGUUUUCGGUUAAAGUUGUUUGCAGGCAGAGUCUUCAGUAUGUCACAUAUCUCAUUCAAUCCCAUUUGGAUGAAGCUUAUCGCCAAUUGAAAUGUGUUCACACUGCUGAUUUACGUGUGAUUGAUAAGUUGGCGCCGUUGAAUGAAACGCGAGGGAAUCCCUUCACAGAGGCCGUCGGAAAUGCCUUUAAGCGGGUAUUCAAUUGCAAAGCGGUUAUACCCGAUAAUUUAAGUACUUAUCUGCCCAUGGUGAAUGUAAUGCGUAAAUAUUGUAUGCCCCGUGCCUUCUCCGUGGGUGUACCCUUCAGUUCCAUACACUCGCCACCCGGCAAGCCAAAUGAAAGUCUGUCACAGGAAAUGUAUCUACAAAAUAUCGAGCUUUUUUCGAACAUCAUGUAUGAAGUUUCCCUGCGGCCGACCAGCUGCAAGUGCGAUGUGAUUCCAGAUUUUUGCUUUGAAACAGGUAAUGACACCGAAUUGGACUUUCUGUCCAUGAUAGCGCUUCGCCAUCCAUCCAUUGCCAUUGACAUCCAUGAGCUGGAUGCCUGGGAGGAGAAGCAGAAAAUGUUUACAGUGGAAGCCAGCGGGUUUAGAUCCGAUUCCGAUUAUAUUCAAUUUGGAAAUAGGACGGGAAGUAAACUUGAUUGA